AUGAAGAUUUCGUUGGAUCCUUCGACGCAAUCGAAUUAUUAUGAUGUUGCUAUUCAACAUUUACUGUUAGAUGCAGAAAUCGACUUUGACAAGGAGCUUCUUUUUGGUGCUGUCGAGUACAAAAUUCAGUCUGCUCGCAUUUCUCAACCAUUGUCCCACAUCAUCUUGGAUACAUCCUACCUAGAUGUUAAGGCAGUUUCCUUAAACGACACGUCUGUUCCCUUCCGUGUUGAUGAACGCCGUGAUUUCUUAGGAAAUGCCCUUCACGUCGUUCCUCCAAUGCCAAUCCCUGCCGUAGAUGUUGCAACUUUACGUAUUAGCUUUUCUACUACUAAGGAAUGUACAGCCAUUCAAUUUCUAGACCCUCAACAGACCAUUGGAGGAAACGCUCCCUACAUGUUUUCUCAAUGCCAAGCCAUCCAUGCUCGUUCUAUGCUCCCCUGCCAAGACACCCCUUCUGUAAAAGUACCUUGCACUUUUCAUAUCCGAUCUAAACUGCCCGUCAUCGCAUCUGGCAUUCCUUGUGGUACUUGUGAUUUUCGCGAUGAUUCUCUCGUAUAUAUGUUUGAGCAACCUCUUGGUAUUCCUUCCUAUUUGAUUUCUAUCUUAAGUGGUGAUCUUGCUUCUUCUUCGGUGGGCCCUCGUUCCACCGUUUAUACCGAACCCGACAACAUCGUCGCUUGUAAGUUUGAAUUUGAACAUGAUAUGGAAAAUUUCAUGAAGGCCGCCGAAUCUCUUACCACCCCCUACGCAUGGACUCGCUAUGACUUUGUUGUCCUCCCUCCUUCUUUUCCUUAUGGUGGUAUGGAAAACCCUAAUGCGACAUUUGCUACUCCCACUCUGAUUGCUGGUGAUCGCUCAAAUGUCUCCGUCAUUGCUCAUGAACUUGCUCAUUCUUGGAGUGGUAACCUCGUUACCAACGAAUCUUGGCAGUGUUUCUGGCUCAAUGAAGGCAUGACUGUAUUUUUAGAGAGAAAAAUUAUCGGUCGCAUUCAAGGUGAAAAGCAUCGCCAGUUUGAUGCCAUCAUUGGCUGGGGUGAAUUGAAAGAAGCCGUGGAACUUUUCGGUAAAGAUCAUGAAUUUACAAAGCUUAUCGUUGACCUCGACGGAAAGGACCCUGAUGAUGCCUUUUCAACUAUUCCUUAUGAAAAGGGUUUCAACUUCCUUUAUGAAAUCGAGCGUGUUAUCGGUGGCCCUACUGUUUUCGAACCUUUCCUGUCGUUCUAUUUCAGAAAGUUUGCUAACUCUACUGUCAACGAAACUAAAUUCAAGAAUGCUCUCUAUGAAUACUUUAAGCCUUUAGGUCUUUCUAAUGCUCUUGAUUCUAUUGAUUGGGAUGCAUGGUUUUAUGCACCCGGCAUGCCCCCAGUAAUUCCCAAAUUUGAUACCACAUUAGCUGACAACUGUUACAAGCUUGCUGACGUAUGGGUAACUAGCGCUAAAUCAUCCCAAAGCCCCGAUCAUUUUAAGCAAGAUGACAUUAAAGGUUGGUCUGCUGGUCAACUCUCUCUCUUCCUUGAUGUUCUUUUUGAGACAGACGCCUUCCCUCAAAAUUAUAUAGCUGCCAUGGACUCUGCUUACUCCUUUUCCAAUUCUAAGAAUGCUGAAAUUUCUUUCCGCUACUUUAAACUUGUCCUAAAAAGCAGAUACAAACCUCUUUACAAACUUGUUGUUGAUCAAGUGGGCAAGGUUGGUCGUAUGAAAUUCGUUCGUCCUACUUAUCGUUUGUUAAACCAAGCUGAUCAUGAAUUGGCAGUGAGGACCUUCAAAAAGUAUAGCAAUUUCUACCAUAAGAUUUGCGCCGGCCUUGUUAAGAAGGAUUUAGGCAUCACUGAAAACUAA